AUGAGUGCGCCCCAGCUCCCUCCCCUCGCUGGUGGUCUGAGUCCUGGGGCCUCGCCUCUUGAAAACUUGCACACUGAGCGCGUCCGGCUUCCCGGUGCUCUUCCUCGGGAGGAUGAUAAUAUUCCUGAAUGCUGGACUGACAUGAAUCAUCAGCUGUCUUGCGUGGUCCAACUACAACCUGGACAAUCGGAAUAUGACGCUGUAAAGGACAAGUUCAAUCAGACUUGUUCUUUCUACACAAUAGAGAAGAUUGAAAGGAUACAGAAUGUAUUUCUCUGGCAGAGCUACCAGAUGAAGAAAAAACACAUGGACAUCAAGAAUGGCCAUACAAAUAAUGAGAGACUCCUCUUCCACGGGACAGAUGCAGACUCAGUGCCACACGUCAAUCAGCAUGGCUUUAACCGCAGUUAUGCUGGGAAGAAUGCUGUAUCCUAUGGAAAAGGAACGUAUUUUGCUGUCGAUCCCAGUUAUUCUGCUAGCGAUGCAUACUCCAAACCAGACGGCAGUGGGAGAAAGCAUAUGUAUGUUGUGCGAGUACUUACUGGAGUCUACGCACAGGGACAUGCAGAAUUAGUUACCCCUCCACCAAAGGAUCCUCAGAACCCCACAGAUCUGUUUGACUCUGUCACGGACAAUACACAAUAUCCAAGGCUAUUUGUGGUAUUCUUCGAUAAUCAGGCUUACCCAGAAUAUCUCAUAACUUUCAGAUAUUAUUUUUUUCUUAAUAUCAGAGAUGAUUUAGUCAUCUGUUUAUAAGAACAAUUUAUAGUUUUUGUCUUUGCCUUUGUCUUGUUAUGCAGAGAAAAGUUUCCCUU